AUGGCGCCGCUCGACCUGACUUUCGGCGUCGAGCUCGAACUCAUCUGUAUCUGGCCCGAAGGCUGUUUCGACAACACCACUCCCGUCCACGAAGUCUACGAUGAGCGCAACGCCGGGGCCGUCCUCUACGACGAACUGCUGAAGGCCGGCGUACCUGCGACUGGCCACGAACCCGACGCUCUUCGAAUCCACCCAAGCAACCCCUACGACCGCUGGACGGUGCAGGAGGACUAUGUCAAAGUUUCCGAAGCCGAGACGGAAGCGAUCCCAGAGCACUGGCACUGGCCACCGGAGUCCAUCGAAAUCUGCUCACCCAUCUUCAAACUGACCGACAACUGGCAAGACCAGAUCAGAGCAGUCCUCAACGCCCUCGCGCGAGUAGAAAGCUACGGCUGCCGCUUCCUGACUAACCACUCUACAGGCCUCCACGUCCACGUCGGCUGCGGCGCCGGCAACCGCAUCCCCUUGCGCACCAGCAAGAACCUCCUCCAACUCGCCACAGCCUUCGAACGCUGCACCGACGAGAUCCACGCCGCCAACCGCAUCGCCUGGCCCGCAGAAUGGCAAGAAGGCGACGACUUCGACGGUGGACCCGCAGGGGUCUGGCAUAUCCCUCCCUCCUGGUGGUUCCACAACAACGGCUCCUGCGACAACCACGACAUCCUCUUCAAAUGGCUGUCCAUCAUUGAACGCACGCAGAGCUACGAACAUUUAUCCGCCAUUUCUCGUGUGGACGACAGUAAGCCGCGCUCGAAGUACCUCAGGAACAAGCGGACGUGCGGGCAUAAUUCAGCCUACAACUUCGAGAACCUCUACCCAAAAUCUUCGUGGCAGCAGACGUGCAAGGGGACGAUCGAGUUCCGGCAGCAUGCGGGUACUACUGACUUUCUAGAAAUCAUCCAUUGGAUUGCGCUCACGACGCGAAUGGUCAGUUACUGCCACGAUGUCCAGCCGGCAGAUUUUCUGACCGUGCUUGCGCACGGCGUGGAUCCUAGUUUCGGUCUGCGGGACUUCCUCUCCACUAUCGGCUGUCCCGCCGAGACCAUCUCGCACUUCAUGCAAGAUGAUAACGCACUCAUCGGCAUGCUGACCCAGGACCAGGCUCUGCCCGUCGUGAAAUUGGAAGAUUUUGAAGACCUCAUCGCAGCAAACGAUCAAGAACAAACCUCCCGGGCCGACCCAGUGCUAAAAUCCAUCGUUAUGGCGCAGAAAUCUUAUGGCAUCCAUCCGGAAUAUAUCAACAUUAUCUCUAUCCCCAUUGAGGCAGUGGAAUGGUAUUACGAGGAUGCUGAGUCGGAGACGCUGGCUAAGGGGUUCAUCACUGAGCCGGAGCUUGUGGAUUCAUUUGCUAGGGUGAUGGUGUUGGAGCGGUUGGGCGAUAUCUAUGAUGGUGAGAAUGUGGAGAGGGAGAGGGCUGAAGCACAGCAUGGGCCGGUGGUGGUGUUUGAGCAUUUGGCUGUUGGGGUAGAGGGUGAGAAGGAUGACGGGAGUGAGGAGGAUGAGGAGAUCGGGUUUAUGGAUCUUGUCUGA